AUGGGUGCUCCUAGGGUCACGGUUUUAAUAUCUGGAUCUGGUUCAAAUCUACAAGCUUUAAUCGAUGCAAGGGAUCAAGGUCGGUUGCCAGUUACAUUUGUUAACGUCAUUUCGUCUAGUGCCAAGGCAUAUGGAUUGAAGAGAGCAGCUAAACAUGGUAUUGCUUCUCAGGUGCAUUCAUUGUAUAAGUAUAAAAAGGGUAUUCCUAAGGAAGAAGUAGAGCAGUGCGCUAGAGCUAGAAUACAAUUUGAAGAAGAUCUGGCUGAGUUGAUUCUAAAGGAUUCGCCUGAUUUAGUUGUAUGUGCAGGUUGGCUUUUGAUUCUAGGCCCCACUUUCCUCAAGAAACUACGAGGUAUUUCCAUUAUUAACUUACAUCCUGCUUUGCCUGGGGCGUUUGACUGUACUACUCACGCCAUUGAGAUGGCAUGGUUGAAAUGUAACGAAGAACAGAAGCCAAUAGUUGCUGGCUGUAUGGUUCACUAUGUUAUUGAGGAGGUUGAUAAGGGAGAACCUUUAAUCGUAAAGAAGUUGAAUAUCACGCCAGGAGGGGAAACGUUGGCUGAAUAUGAGCAGCGCGUCCAUGAGGUAGAGCAUGUAGCUAUUGUAGAAGGUGUUAUCAAAGCAUUGCAGCAAAAUGGCAAACUAUGA